UCUCCUCCUCCUCCUCCUCCUCCUCUUCCUCUCUCCGCUUCUUCCUGGUCCUUGCUCCUCCCGCUGCCCGUUUUUCAGCCCUCGCCCUCUUUGCCUUCCUGACGCCCAGACUUUAGCCUUGCCACGGUUAGCGCGCAGCCCGCUGCCCGGAAUGCUCCCGGACGCGCGCCUCUUCCUCCGCAAGGAUAGGAUAGGAUAGGAGCGGAGAGGACAGGGGGCAGGCUAGGCUAGCUCCGUCUGAGCUACCCCGACUCUCGUCUCUGUAUGACUUUUUAUCUGUCUGGCUUUGCUCGAUUCCGGCUUUUUGGAUGGUGUUGGGGAUCACCGGGAGCAUAUUAUCCUUUGGGUCCCGGGGAAACAAGGGGGUGACUCUGUAGCCCUGGUGCUUGGCUCUUGGAGAGGCGGCGGCGGCGGCGGCUUUGGCAGCGGCUCCUACCUCGGAGGCGCCCUCGGAGCCCCUCUAUGAGCUGGAGAGGAGCGGGGGAGGAGGGGCCCUCGGAGCAUCUCUUCCCUGGGGUUUAUGCAUGGCACUGACAUGGAGGAAACACCGUUUCGGAAAGUCAAAACGAAGAGGAGGAAGUGUCCGCCCUGCGGCUGCGCCCCCCCGGGGGGCUCCCCGGUGCUUUUGGAAGCCAUCGCGUGCGAGGAUGAGUUCGACUGCACGGAGCUCGAGGCCCUUUUCCGGAAUUACAACCUGAAACUGGAACAGACCUCCACGCUCAAGGCGCUGGCCGUUCUCAUCGUCCUGACGGGCACCCUGGCCCUGGGGGAGCUCAUGUCCGGUCCCAGCUUGACCAUCUCCAAGGGCUCGCACCCGGUGCACUGCAUCAUCUUCCUCUCCCUCUUCAUCGUUACCAAUGUCAAGUACCUACAGGUCACCCAGCUCCAGCAAAUCGUCAAACUCAUACUGCUCUUCAGUUUCACCUUCGCCUUCCUCUGUUGCCCUUUUUCACUGGGGGCCUACGGCAUCGAGCCUCCCACCUCCCCAGAGGAGGGAAUGUGGCAACUCAUGCUGGUCACCUUCGUUUCCUAUUCCUUGCUGCCUGUGCGGAGCCUGCUGGCCAUCAUCUUUGGGAUAGUGGUGUCCGUCUCCCACCUCAUCGUCACGGCCACUUCAGUGACUGCCAAAAGACAUCGACUCUGGAGGACGCUUGGGGCAAAUGCUCUGCUUUUUGUCAGUGUAAAUUUGUAUGGGGUCUUUGUGAGGAUUUUGACAGAAAGGGCUCAGAGGAAGGCUUUCCUACAGGCCAGGAACUGCAUAGAGGACAGGCUGAGACUGGAAGAUGAAAAUGAAAAACAGGAACGGCUCCUGAUGAGUCUUUUGCCUAGAAAUGUUGCCAUGGAAAUGAAGGAAGAUUUUCUGAAGCCACCUGAGAGAAUUUUUCAUAAGAUCUACAUUCAAAGGCAUGACAAUGUCAGCAUUUUGUUUGCAGAUAUUGUGGGCUUCACUAGUCUGGCAUCCCAGUGCACGGCUCAAGAGCUGGUGAAGCUUCUGAAUGAACUCUUUGGGAAAUUUGAUGAAUUAGCCACUGAAAACCACUGCAGACGAAUUAAAAUCCUGGGGGAUUGCUACUAUUGCGUGUCAGGACUGACCCAGCCCAAAACCGACCAUGCCCAUUGCUGUGUCGAAAUGGGGCUGGACAUGAUUGAUACCAUCACGUCUGUUGCAGAAGCCACAGAAGUUGACCUCAACAUGAGAGUGGGUCUUCAUACAGGCCGUGUCCUGUGUGGGGUGCUAGGACUUCGAAAGUGGCAAUAUGAUGUCUGGUCAAAUGAUGUGACUCUUGCAAACGUAAUGGAGACUGGAGGAUUACCUGGGAAGGUUCAUAUCACAAAGACGACAUUAGAGUGCCUAAACGGGGACUACGAGGUAGAACCAGGUUUUGGACAUGAGAGGAACACUUUCUUGAAAAAGCAUAAUAUUGAAACCUUUUUUAUUGUACCAUCCCAUCGGAGAAAGAUAUUUCCUGGACUUAUUCUCUCAGAUAUAAAACCAGCCAAAAGGAUGAAGUUCAAAACGGUCUGUUACUUGCUGGUCCAGCUAAUGCACUGUCGGAAGAUGUUUAAAGCAGAAAUCCCGUUCUCCAAUGUCAUGACUUGUGAGGAUGAUGACAAGAGGAGAGCAUUAAGAACAGCCUCUGAAAAACUCAGGAAUCGAUCCUCUUUUUCUACAAACAUUGUAUACACUACUCCAGGAACUCGAGUAAACAGAUAUAUUAGCCGUUUGAUAGAAGCCCGGCAAACAGAGUCUGAGAUGGCAGACUUGAAUUUCUUUACCCUAAAGUACAAACAUAAAGAACGGGAAGAAAAAUAUCACCAGCUUCAAGAUGAGUAUUUCACCAGUGCUGUGGUCCUUUCACUGGUUCUAGCUGCCUUAUUUGGCCUUGUCUACCUUCUAAUAAUCCCACAGAAUAUCAUCGUCCUGGUUCUCCUGGUGUUCUGCAUAUGCUUCCUAGUGGCUUGUAUUAUGUAUCUACACGUCACACGAGUUCAGUGUUUUCCAGGGUGCCUGACAAUUCAGAUUCGUACUGUUUUAUGUGUUUUCAUUGUGAUCUUACUUUACUCCGUGGCACAAGGAUGUGUGGUGGGCUGCAUGUCUUGGUCAUGGAACACUAAUUCCAGCAGCUCCUUAGUGAUUAUUUCUUCUGGAGGAAUGAAUAAAACAAGAAAUGUCCUGCCCUGUGACACAGCUCAUCAUGCAUUUCUUUCCUGCAUUGUGGGGACUUUGACACUGGCAAUAUUUCUCCGUGUCUCUUCAUUGCCAAAAAUGAUCCUUCUCUUUUUGGUUACAGUUUUAUAUAUACUUGUUUUGGAGCUCAGUGGGUACAGAAAAGCAGUGGGGGGUGGCACCUUUUACCUCCGUGGAUACGAACCCAUAUUGGCAAUUUUGUUGUUUUCCUGUGCUCUGGCCCUUCAUGCCAGACAAGUGGACUUGAAGUUACGUCUGGACUACCUCUGGGCUGUUCAGGCAGAAGAGGAGCGAGAUGACAUGGAGAGAGUGAAACUGGACAAUAAGAGGAUUCUCUUCAACCUUUUGCCAGCUCACGUUGCCCAACAUUUUCUAAUGUCCAAUCCCAGGAACAUGGACCUUUAUUACCAGUCCUAUUCACAAGUGGGCGUGAUGUUUGCUUCCAUCCCAAAUUUCAAUGAUUUCUACAUUGAACUGGAUGGCAAUAACAUGGGAGUGGAGUGUUUGCGUCUCUUAAAUGAAAUUAUUGCCGAUUUUGAUGAGCUCAUGGACAAAGAAUUUUAUAAGGACCUAGAAAAAAUCAAGACAAUUGGAAGUACGUAUAUGGCUGCAGUGGGAUUGGUGCCGACCACAGGGACCAAGGCCAAGAAAUCAAUUUAUUCACAUCUGAGCACAUUAGCUGAUUUUGCAAUAGAGAUGUUCGAUGUCCUUGAUGAAAUCAACUAUCAAUCUUACAAUGACUUUGUCCUCCGUGUUGGCAUUAAUGUAGGGCCAGUAGUGGCAGGUGUUAUUGGUGCCAGAAGACCUCAAUAUGACAUCUGGGGAAACACUGUAAAUGUUGCCAGCCGAAUGGAUAGCACUGGAGUGCAGGGGAAAAUUCAGGUCACAGAAGAAGUACAUCGGUUAUUAAAGCGGUGUAGCUAUGAAUUCACAUGUCGAGGAAAAGUCAGUGUCAAGGGAAAAGGUGAAAUGUUGACCUAUUUUCUGGAAGGAAAAGCAAAUGGAAGUAAUUCUCAAACCAAGUCCUUAAGCUUAGAACGGAAAAUGUAUCCAUAUGGGAAAUCAAACAUUCAGACAAAAUUGGGUACCAGCUGCCCUUCUGUCUCAUCUGCGGCUAGCUUUACAGUCAAAGCUGGGACCGGAGCCCUGCAGACAGCAGGCACCCACACUAAUCCAACGCUCCAUUACCUUCCUUCUGUGCCAGCUGUGAAAGAAACCUAGAUGAGUGCCAUUGCAAGUGAACUCAGUGAGCAUGAAUACUUGCCAACAGAGUUUAAGGUCAUAGGUUGCGGCAUCAACCACAGAUCCAAUCUAACACAACCAAAGAAAGCGGGAAGCUCCAUAGAAGAAAACUUGGAAUGGAAGCGAUAAGGGCUAACAAUUGUGUUAGGACAAGAAUAAUGCAGAUUUUCUGAAAAUAAGGAAAAAUGUCAUGGAAUUUUAAAAAGGUAAAUGGUAUACUUAAGAGAUGUGUGUAAAUGAUAAUGUAUGUGUGUAUAUAUCCUAACUCUAUAUAAACACAUAUACACUCACACUUCUAUAUAUAGGCAUAAAAAAUUUAUAUAGAUACAUGUAUUUAUUUAAAUAUUAUUUGCAAUGGCAUAAGGGAGCUAUAUCGCAUCUUCAUAUUCAUUAUUGUUUGGACCGAAUUGGGUCUAAAAUUGUGAUGAGGGAUACAGGAUCUUAGGAACAUAUUUUGGGGUUAUAGCAAGAACAAUGAAAAUUUUGCUCAGAGUUUGAAUUAAUAAACAAGCCUAAAAAAGUCAAAAGCUAUCCAAGAUUGAACUAAGCCAAUUCUAAAACAGCUGCAUCUGCUCACUCUAACUUGCCUCUUCCAACCCUGGAAAAUAUCCAAUUAGCAUCACAUUUAGUACAAUAAGUCAAAAUUAGGUUUUAAAAAGUCUGGACUCAAGAUCUAGAUGGAAUAUUGACAAAUACUUUAACCAUCUCUAAGUAUCUUUGCCUCCUCGAUGUUGCCCCAUGACUUAUCACAGGGUGUAGAUCAAACCAGAGAUUCUAAGCUUCAGGUAGAGCAAUAAGUCAAUAACAUAUAGGAACCCUCUUUUCUUCUGCAUGAAUAUUUGUAACUACUGGAUUUCUUCCAAAUGAAGCUCUUUGCUAAGGAUUAAACAUUGAAGGGCUUCAUACCAGUUCAUCAGCUUUGAUGAAUGUCAGUAGUAGUACUUAUAUGCCUUGCCAAUGACUUUUUUUUUACUUUGCUGACUUUUAGCUUCUUGUAAAACUCUCCAAACUCAUUUUUAAAUGUUCAGUGUUAUUGUUCAAAGUAAAUAAGGAGACAAAUCUCAUUUCUCAUCUUUUUCAUGUAUGAUUUUUAAGUUCCUAUGAGUUGAACAAUAUGUUACUUUGUUUUGUUUUGGAGAAAAACAAACACAUAACAUUUAGAAAGUUUAUGUUAUCAGACAUCUUGUUUGUCUAGAAUUCCUAAUCUUUCUGAACAGACAAUUUUAGAUUAAGGAAAUUAUUUUAAGACCAGAAAUCAGAGCUGUAUCCCAAAGUUACAGAAAUCUAUGUUGAAGUCCAAAGUGAUGAGUUUAUUUCUGUAAAUUUGAUAUAUGUAUCUUUGUUGAAUUAUAGAAUUCAUUAAAGAUCAGAGAUUAUUCAGGACAUAAACUAGCUAGGAAGGGUACAAUUGUGAGUAAUAGAAUGAACAAAUUAAGUAAAACAGAUUGAGGCUUGUCUAGGUCUAAAUCCAAAGAGAUUAUCUAAAUUAGGGAGCAUUUGGAAAAUAUAAAAGGUGAAUAGAGUUAAGUGGGUCUAGAGUUAUUGAGAUUGAAGGUUCUAUAGGAAAAGCACCAGCAAAAAGGAUUGUGGCAGCCCUGGUCCCAAGAGAUUUUAGUUUUAUCCAGAAAGAGGUCAGAGGUCUACAGGUAAAUCCUACUACUUAUUGAGUCUAAAAUUCUGCCAUAGAAACUUCUGUUCCAUCUACUCUUUGGAGUUCUGUGUUUUUAGGAUAGAUACAGUAGAAGGCCUAGAUUUUUGCACGAAUUGUAUUCAUAUUUUGUGGGUUCUCAAGAUUAGUUUUUUGGAUUACCACACUCCAGUUUUGUGGCAUUAGAGACUCUAUUGUAUUCAUUUGUUUCUAAAGAUAUCUUUGACUCUUCUGCUGACCCUUUGUUAGGAGCAACGGGAGGGGAAGGAAUGAUGUCCCUCAUGACCAAGUUGUUAUGGUUGAUAAUGAGGAGACAAAUGAUCUUGGAAUGAUUUGGGAAAGAAAGGAAUUCAGGAAUACAAACUUAAAAGCUACAAGGAAAUUAUGAAAACAACCUCAUCAUGUAAAAUACCAUUAUGUGAUAAAAUUGUUAUGAAAGUAAAAUUAAUCAAAAAGGCAUGGAAUCAAAAGGAAUCAUAGAAAAUGGGAUUGCCACUAAGUGCCAAAUGUCUACCUGGUUUUUAUAAGCCUUCUUGAAUUUCCUGAGUUUCUAAGUAGGCCGAUAUAAAUCAAAUACAUGAGAUUACCCUCUUUAAUGAUAUUUACAAUCAAUGAAGGUUCAGGAUAGGAUUUAUGCAAUGAGUGGUAUACAACUAGUACAAAAGGUACUGAGAAGGUCAAUAUGAGGGAAGUAUUUAUUUUAUGAAAAUUCUUUGAGAGAUGCUAAAGAAUUUCUACACUUGCCAGCAUACUUAGACACACCUGAGGUACUCCAGGAAAUGCCUGACUGAACAUUUAAUUUACCUUCUCUAUCUAUCCCUUAAUCUUUGGCAUUAGUUCUCCAAAUAUGGUUUGAAGACACAUAAAGUCAUAAUAAUUUUUACAAUAAUACUGAGAUGUCUUUAUUUUUAAUCAUUCAUCAUUAGAUAUAAUUCACAAAAGCAAAAGCUUGAGGGGGGAAGGUACUCAAUAUUUUUUAAGAUUGUAAUGGGAUUCAGAAAUCCAACAGAUUGAAAACCACUGACAGGGUGGGGGGCUUAUUAGAUUUGUGCUGAUCAGGCCAUAGGCAAGUAAUUUAACCUCUGUGACCUCUCACAAAAUUGCUUUAUUGCUAAAAUGAUGAGGUUGAAAUAAAAAAUCUGCAAAUUCCCUUCAGUUUAAGAUCUGUGAAUCAAUGAUUUUAUAACCUUCUAAAAGCAGAUUGCAAAUUAAUGGUCCCUGAUGGAAAGGAAACAGAAAGAGAAACUGUAAAUUUCAAAUGUGAUGUAACAGUGAUAUCACAAUCUAGACACAUUAGAUUAAUGUUAUAGGAUAAAAAGUGGGCCAGAACAAUGGACUCAUUGGCCACUACUAGAAUCAAUGUAAUGAAUGGAGGAAUCAUCAGAAAUGAUCAGAUUCAACUCCCCAUUUUACAAAAGAAUGAGACAAGAUUGGUGAUUCACACAGCCAAAAAGUUAAAAUUUGAAUCCAAAUUCUCCUCCAAACUUCUCUGUAAUAGUUACUUUAGUUGGGUAAAAAUACUAAUCUAUUUGGAGGCACAGGAAGUGAUGUUAAGUCCCUACGAAAGAUAUUAUGUUCACAAUAGUAAUUUGCUUUGGAGUCAUAGUAAUAGAGUUAUGCAACUUGGAAUUACAAUGUCAUAAGAACAUAUUCUUAUUCCACCUAAUCCACAUAAUUCAAGGUGGAAUUGUAACUUCAAUUGAAGCUAAAGCUCCCACCCAGAGUUCUCUCAGGCUCUGAGGAAUAGUGGGAUCCUAAAGCAGAACUUGGCAUGUUUGUAUGUAAAGAUGGGCAUCCUAAAUGGCAUCUAGAAAAUUGACAGAUAUCAGGAAGCACAUGGAUAGUGUAUUAUCUACAAGGUGACUUUCCAUUCCCCAGCCACUAUUACCACCCCCACAACUCACAUUCCACUGUCAAAAUAUCACUCAUCAUUCUUGAAAAAUCAGGUAAUCAGGAUACCACUGAAAAGUUAAAUUCAUAAAGAAAUAUGAUCAAAUACAUGAGAUAGGAAGGAAGAGGGAAAGGAACUUUUCUUAUGAUGGAUUUUUCUAUUGAUGAUUCAUGAUAAUUUAGACUAUAUGCUGUGUACCUUAUUCUUGAAAACAAAUUUUAGCUGGGACACUUGUCCCAGAUAGCUAGUCCUAUUAUUUAGUAGAUAAGGCAUGUUCCUGGGUAAAACAAAUCAAAGUAAUCAUUUCUUGAUAAAAACAGUUUUACCUUGAUAGUUCAUAUUUGAUUGUUCUGUCCCUCAACACUGGGUAGAGAAAAUUAUAAUGUGGAGUCGGGUGAAAAUAGAAGUAGUGCUUACUAAAUUGUAAAUUCUUUGAGGGUAUGGACACUGUCAUAUUCAUCUUUUUAUUCCUUACAGUGCCUAGUACAGUGCCUUGCAUAUCGUAGGUGCUCAGUGAAUGGCUGUUGAAUAAAUAAUUCAUCAUAGAAUUGAGCAAAGAAAGUUAGUUCAUUAGAGUUUAUUAAAAAUGAGCAUCUUCAAUAAAACCACAAUAUGUUCCACAAUUCAGGAAAACAACAACAACCUCUCAAUAGAAUGUUGAACUUCACAAGAACAGAACUUUACAAACCUAUGUUAACUGAUGCAUGCUGUCCGUGGAAGUAUUUGUCCUUACUCUGAUAUAUGGCAAGGUGUCAUCUUUAGACACUAAGGAGAUAUUUCUUGAAGAAAGAAGUGUCAUUUAACUGGACUUCAUUUUCCUCUGGAAACAUAUGGGUAAAAGAUUCAUUUGGACCAGAAAAAGACUUUAGGGAUCCAAUCAAGGACAGUUCAUAUAUGGCUUAAGUAUAGGUACCAGCAGAGCUUGUCCAUGUGAGAAAUUACAUGAAUAGAUGGAGAAAAGAAGCAUUAACUAAGGCAAGUUAUUCGGGAUUCCAUUAAAACAAAUAAAAUUACUAAUUUCAAAGCCAAGAAAUUUGAUCCAAAGUCCAACAGAAUAGGUAACAGAUGGCAUAUUUGUACCAAAGCAUAGUCUGGUUAAGUAUGUGUAAGGGAUUUCCAGUAAAAUCUAGGGAAUUGGCCCAAGAUACUUCAAUUAGAUGAUACUUCAACAUCAGGGAAUGAGCUGUAGUAGGAUAAAUCUGAUCAGAUAGAGCCAAAAUUGGAAUUCAGCUAAGCAAGAAGGGUUCAGCAGAGAUCAUAAAGGUGCGUUUGGAACCAAACAAGUUUUAUUUUUCCUAAGAGGUAUUGGCAUAUCAUUUGAGUUAAUGCAGAUGAAGAGUAGAAUUAAUAUUUGUUAUUUAUUUUAUAUGGUGGAUCCCUCUUUAGACAAUAGUUCCUUAUAUUGCUUUCCCAUUUUAUUGUUCGUUUUAUUUCAAUAAUUUAAUUCUUUUCAUCCAUAUGGUCUUUGGUGUUUUAUUUUUCUUUAAUAUUCUUUCCACCUAGAAUUCAUGUGAACUGUAUUUAUGAAGAGGAUAUAAUUACAAUGAACAAUCUGACAAUUCAUAAAUGCAUGAAUUCAUAUCAACAUUAAGGAAACAUGACAUUUAUUAUAAUACCUCUAUUAGCAAAGAGGAUAUAUUUCAAUAACAUUUUAGUAGUAGAAAUUUUGUAAUCAGAGGUAGGAAAAAUCUAAGACAUGGAGAUAUGAAAUAUUAAUUUCUUUCCUUCUGUUAUCCAUUGGGAACUUCCUACCCCUGUUCUCUUCUUGGGUUGUUCAGGGUCACUCCUAUAUUUCUUAAGAUGGUCCCAAACCCCAUAUUAUGAAGCAGAUAGCAACUUCUCUAGGCAGUGAGACCUGAGUGGCACAGCCCUUCUGUAAGUAGGGUUUGGACUCAGGGUCACACAUAACAGUCAACCUUAUCUCCUUUUCUCACCUCAAUCAUCUAACACCAGCAAUCUAGCCUUGGGGCUUAAAUUUCUUCCAUCUUUUUGUAGCACCUAAUUGUAUCAUCUUUCCCCUCUUCCUCUCCCCAACCCAGCCACUAUACACUGGAUUUUUGACAGCUCUUUGUAAUUCAAACUCUGAUUUAAUGAAUUGGUUCAUCUUGCUAUAACCCCUAUCAAAGGGAAUGUUCUUUUUCUUAUAGGUAUGACAUUUAGAUCAUUCAAAGAAGAACAGUAGUAACCCUUCUAAGUUGAUCUAGAUUCCUGAAAUCUAGACAACAUUCCAGUUUGAGGAAACCCUCCCAUCCUCCCCAAAUAGGUGCCAAUUCUGAUAAGAGUUUUUUUUUUUUUUGUAGGAUUGUCUAUUGUAAGCACAAUAUUUUACUCCCAUUUGCAUGAUUUUUUUUCCAAAUGAUAGUAUGAUGAAUAUCUUUAUAUCAGAAGAUGAGAAGAGCACUUCAGACUAAUAUUCAUUCCACUAUCCUUCCUGUCCCACUUCCUUCUUCCUUAGAUUUGGAACUAUUUGCAAACCAUUCAUAUCUCAGUAUUUUUUCCCACCAAGUUUUUAUAAUCUUGAAACUGCAAAAUAAUAUUCAAUGAAGUUCUUGAAUAAAUAGUUCCAAGAGUUUUAUAUGCUAAUCAAAAAUGAACAAAAUACUUCAAAUACAUAAACUCUAUAUAUUUUCUCUACAAAUAUCUCUCAUGAGCAUUGGAAUAGCAGCUGUUGUUUGGCUGAAUACAUUCACAUCCCCUUACAAUUUCAUUUUUGGUUUUACAUUUUAGCUCUUCCUAAAAUCUCAGAGAGCCUGUUCUAUGACCACAUUGGAUGUGUGUAUGUUAUUGUUGUUAUUGUUUUUUUAAUAUUUUGCCAAUACAGAGACUAUGGUAGUGUCUUUAAAAUAACUAAUUCAAUCAUUCUGAGGACAUGUAGCUAUUAAUUCUAGAAAAAGGGAGGGAAAGAGGGAGAGGGAAAAGGGAUGGGUGACAGAAGAAAGAGAAUGGGGGGAAGAGGUAAGAAGAUGAAAGGAGUUAUUCAUUUAAAGAAAUAAUUGGUAGUUUGAUUGAAUUUAUUGGUCAGAGAGGCAGUGUGACAUAAUGAUCAGAGAGAUGACUUCAGAAUCAGUAAGAUAUGGGUACAAAUCCUGCCUCUGGAGCCUGCUGGCUGUGUGAUUGUGGGCAAGCCACUUUACUCCUCAGUGCCCCUAGUCGCUUUCAGAUGAAUAGUCAGCAUUGGGAGAGAGUUUUGCUAGGAGUUCCAUAUGCCAAUGAAAUCACAGUUCUGUUCUCCCUCUUCCCUACCCUCCCUACCCCAUUGGUUGUGUGUGUGUGUGUGUGUGUGUGUGUGUGUGUGUGUGUGGUGUGGGUGGGUGUGUGGGUGGCCACUGGUGAAGAAAUGAAGAAAUCUUGUAAAAAAUGUCACUGAGAACAUGUUGAUUCCAUUUUUGCUAAUGUUUGUAGAGUUCCUUAAGUAUAUCUUGGGACAUUUUUUUUGAAGCAAAAAGAGCUCUUCUAGUAAAUGACUGUUCUAGGGUACUACAACACUAGCCUAGUGACCCUGAAGAGUGAAUUUAGCCUUAACAGUUAAUGGGGGCAAUGAUGUCUAAUAGCAUCCUAGAAAAGAGCCCAAGUUGUUAUGGAAUCUGACCAAUAUAUCAUUUAGCCUAGAAUGUUUGCAGACACAAAGCCUCUUGACAUCACACAAGUAGGUGCCACAGACCACAAGCUCAAGGUUGUUGAGCAUAAACACUAGGAUUUCCAUUCCUGGAAAAGGGUAAUGUGUAUCAGUGAGUGAUUCGCACGAGUAUGUUCACUUUAACAAACAACUAUUUCCUUUAUCAUCAGCAAUUCCAAGCUCUGUAUGGGCCCUGUUGUAACAGGAGCACUAUUUAGCCAUAAUGUCCUUUGGAGUUUUGUAUUGCAGUGAUAAGCAACAUUUUUUAAUUUGUUAUAAACUUGUAUGAUAUUGCCUUAUUUAUUUUUAAUCUUGUACAGUGUUAAUGUACAAAUGCUGGCCUUUAAUGUAUUAUUCACUUUAAAAAGUUUAUUAUGAAGAAAUUGUAAAUAGUUUAUCAAUUAUAAGUAAUUGCAUGUCCACUUGUACCAAAAAAAAAAAAAAACACAACAUAAUAAUGAUAUCACACACACACACACACACACGCAUAUGCACCUGGCACACUUUUAAUGGAUGUUGAUGGUUUUUUAUAACAGAGGUUUUACACCUGCAUGAUGAUGACUAGCUCUUUGGAAAUGGCCGUCCUUUGUGCUCCUUUUUGCAAUCUUUUGCAUGCUACUCAUGCCUGAUGUGACAAAGCAAAACAAAAUCCAGGAUGUCUCUAAAGUGCUUGAACAUAUCACUUUUGACACUAAGUGUCCCCGUCUGUGCAUGUGCAUUUAACUGAGCAAAUUUUGAAUGAAAAUGCUAGCCCAGGGAAAAAAGCUCCCCUGCUGCCAAUAAUUUCAUUGUUACAUUCAUAUUAUUCAUAGUGUAAAAGCCAUCUAUUCAAACUCCAUACCUUCAAUCAUUAGAAGCAAUAAAUUUAAUUCUAUACACUGUAACAUAAAACAAAUGGAAAUGUUAAUCAUGUAAACAUUGCAAAUAUUCACUGAAUGCUGAGGACUCCUUCAUUUGACAUUGGACAAGUAUCAGAAAGAAGCAGGGAUGUUACCCAAGCACUGCUAUUUCAAGAGGAUGGUAUAAUUAUUGUAUCUGAAACAAAAACAUAGCAGAAAGAUUUGAUUCAUUGCGUGACACACAAGUAUGCAUACUGACAUACAAAUAUACACUCAUCAGUUCCUCUGUAGAGAAAAAUUCUGACCUUCUGAGCACAGUUCAUAUUAAACCAAUUGCAUGGAUUGUGGAAACUAGAAUUUGGUUUAGAGUUUUCAUUAGUUGUUCCAAUUUAAAUUUCCAUUGAGAAGCUUGCAUUUGUAAGCUUCCAAAGUCUCUUAAAUUAACUUUCCAACUUGCUUCCAGUCGAAAACCACAUGAAAAUAUUUUGGCAUCAUUUCUUUUCCCCAAAAGCUGCAGUCUCUCUACUAUUCCUCAUGGCCCUCUGAUUUUAAGCUGAUUAUGAAAAAAUGAAAAUACUUUUAUCAUAACUUUAGCAGGGUAAGAUAUAAGACCAAUCAUAAUAUAGAAUGGAGGUUGGAAUUUAAAAGAGUAAAAUAUUCUCUAGCAAAUAUAACUAAGUUAAUAGAGAUUUCUUUCUUGAUCAAAAUAGUUUUGAGUUUAUUGUGAAAUAUUGAUUGUGUUACACUGUAGUUCAUUUUUUUCUAUGGAUUUAAAGUAUUUUAAGUGUUUCAAAGUAUUGAAAGUAUACCUGAUAAAACAGGUAUUCUAGAGUGCCUCUGUGGUUCAGUCUAUUCUUUGCCAAAAGCUCUGAAAUAUUCAGCAAUAAAUAUUCAAUUAUCCAAGUUCAAUCUACCUGUUAUGAGAUAAGGUGUUAGAAAGUGGUUGCUUAAACAAAAUACUCUGUUUGUCUUUGGUGCCUCUUUGGUGCCUUGUUUAUCGAAUUUUAGAGCUGACAAAGACCUUAAAGACAAUAGUCUAAUAUUAUUUUACACAUGAAGAAAUAGAAUUCCUAAGGGACAAACCUCAGGUCAUGUAGUUAGCAACUCAAUCCUUAUCUCUAAAGUUAAGAUAAAUGCUCAAAGAAGCUUUGGACUCUAUUCUUGGCACUGGCAUAUAUGUACAUAUUAUUAUGAUAUACAAUCUAAAUGGCAUUGCUUAAGAUGCCUUGAAAGAUUUAAUAUAUCUUUCUUAAUUCUUAACUUAAUAAAAAUAUGAAGGUAAGCUAGGAGUGAAGAAUUAUUUUGGAUUUGGCCUUGCUUAAAUUAAGCCUAUUAACCAUCGUUCUUGCUAUUGACAAGUCAGAAACUUUUGCUUUAGGAAGUAAAAAUCAUUGCAUCAUAAAAAAUAAAUGAAAUAUAUGUUUAAGCCAUAUGCUUUAAGACUAUACUUAAAAUUUCUUCAUUAAACUAAUCAUAAAGAUUGAGUUUUCAAAAAAAAGUAUUGUCCCUCAAAGUAGGAAUCAAAGUAGGUAGAGUGGAAAGAAGUAAUGAAUUUGAAGGAUCUGGAUUAAAAUCCCAACUCUAUAGUUGACCUGAUUUGUGUGAUCUCAUGUUAAUAUCCCUUUACCUCAUUAGGCAUAAAUUUUCUUAUUAGUCAAAUAAGGAGAACAGUUCAAGAUGAUCUCUCAGACUCCUUCUAGAUCUAAAUUUUGGGAAUUCUGACAGGAUGGACUUCACAACCUGUGGUGAAAAACCUACAUAGGAAAGUUAGUAUCAUCAGUUGUACCUCCCUUUUUAAACUCCAAAUCCCUUGCUAAAAAAAAAAAAAAAAGUACUUUCCAGUUUGAUUAACCUCAUUAGUCAGUAUCAUCUUUGAUUUUUAUCUGACUCAUAUAACAAAAAUGUAUCCUCAAAGAUUGAAAAUUUGCUGCCUUUGAGGGUGUGUUUGAGUUUUUCCAAAAGAUAUAAUGUAGAUUUUUAAAUCAAAGAGUUUCAAAAAUUGUUUACAGCAAUAGAGGCACAGUUACAUUAAGAUUAUCACAUCUCAAGAGGACAACAUUGAAAGGAUAACUUAUUUAUACUUAUAACAUUUUGUUAACUAUUUUUUAAAAAUCCAGUCAAUGUACUUUUUAAAAAGAAAAUAUGUAUUUCAGAAUUGAUUAAUAUAAUGUAAUGUGCUAAAAUUAAGUUAUAUAGGGUAGUUAAAUCAGGGUAUGAUUUUUUUAAAAAUAGGGUAUCUUUUCCCUUGUUAAGGUACCUAGCUACAUGCUAUGGUUUUAUUUAUUUAUACAUUUAUUUUUGUGCCUCUAGGUAAAAUCAAAUACUGUGAUACUCUUUGGCCUUAUAGUCCAAUGUAUGAUACCAACAAGUUUUUGGAGGGACAGUAACAUUUCUGUCUAUGCCCCCAAAGAGUUUUUAAGACUUUGUUAUCUUAGAACUGUUUUUGAAGUUGGGCUAUAAUUAGGCAAUCCAAAGAAAAUUACCACUCCAAGAGACACUAGAACACAAGUAUAUAGGUAUAUUCAGACAUUGGAUAUUAGAAGUUCUGCAGAAUAUAUAGAAAUGAAUCCUGCAAACUUCCCCCACAUUUUUAGAAGAAUCUCAGAGCUAUCAUAGAUGUAGAAAUCAAAUUCCUACAGUUGUUUGGUAUAAAUCAAAGUGGUUACAACUAUUCAUAUUACUAUAUUGACUCAAGGCCAUCUUGACUAUUUCAUUCUUUCCCAUUUCCCACUAUUAUUUACUCUCCUCUCCCACUUGAAUUUUAUGUUUCCAGCAGUGCAUUUGGACUACUCAAGCAUCAGGGGUAUGAGUAUAAGAGAGGAACACUGAUGAUGAAAGGGAUGAGUACAAACCAAACUACAAAUGAAAGUUAGCUCUCUAGUCUCCAAAGAAACUGUUAAGGAUAGAAAGGUCCACCCAGAUGGAUAAAGGAAGUAAUGAAAAAAGUGUGAAAAUUUUAAAAAAAAAGCUGUUCUCUAUGAAAAUCACAAGUAAAAGGUGAAAAAUCUCAAAUCAGGAUUAAUCUUUUUGCUUGUCUUUGAACAUAAUUUCAAUUUCUUUUAAAAUCCUGAAAAAUGCAAAAAUCCCAAUAAUACUUAUAAUGGGGGCUAUAUUGGCCAGAAGAUAUUCCUAUAGCAAAUUGUGCCUCAUUUUGAUUCCCUCAUCCCCUUAGAUAUUAAUAAAGACUACAAGCUGUCUUACUGGAUUGUGUAGGAAGUAGUUUUUAUCCCAAUUGUUCAUCAAAAAACAGCUGGAAGAAAAAAAGAAUCAAGCAAAUACUGUAAAUAAUUUUAAAAUAGUGAGGGAAACCACCCUCUUUCUUUUUUGGAAUGUUGGCUAAAGCAUUUUACAUCUGUCUAAAAUUACCUGACAGACUGUGAUCAAAAUAGAAGGCUCUGAUCUUUAGGCUUUGGCUAUUUAAUGGAUGUGUAACUUUUAAAUAUUUCAAUUGGAACAACUUAUGCCUUUCAAAAUUUCAAAUGUUCCAUGUUGUGGUUAUGCAUUGUAUACACACUGUCAUUCUUAGAGAAAGAAUCACAGUAAAGGUGCUAUCAACAUUUUUUUAAUUCUACAAAUUUACACAUCUCUUGGCUAUGCAGUUAUAUUAAUCUAGCAUUUAAAAUGAGCUUUCCUAAUGGAGAGUAAAACUGAUUAUGGGGCUUCUUUGCUCUGAAUCUAUGAUCAAUCUGAUGGCUAUAUGAUGAAGUACAUUUCUCUGAGAUAAGAUAAUAGGCAGUGAUAACUAUUUAAAAAUUGGAAUAGGAUUGAAAAAGCAACAGAAUCAAGAGUUUUAGGCAAAAUGAUUUUUAUCUCCAUCAGUAUGUUAAAAUGGUAAAUGAAGGAAGCUGACAAUUUCAGUCCCUCAAUCUGUGCUUAAGGACACACAAGGUUUAGGGACAUAAUUACUCAUAUUAACUAUAAUUGAUUAAAUGAAUUAGAAGAUUGCUCCCCUACUCACUUUGACUUGAUGGUGUAGAUAUAGAUGGUAAGUUCAUAGGAGAAAAGAUAAUGAUCAUAUCCAUACCUGGUUUCCAAACUAGCUUAUGACAGAGCAAUCAAUCUUAACCUUUAAGCUAUCUUCAUAUUAAUGCUGAUCACCAGCCAGACUGAAUCAUGCAACAACCUGUAAGGGAAAGUAAAUGGGUUAUCUGUGAUUCAUUAAUUCAAUGCAUUCCCUCUCUAUAUCUUAGCGGAAUUAGACCUGAGCCAUUAGUAUAGAAACAACAAUGGUAAGGUCAUUUACAAAUGUUGCUGAGAGAAGAGGCUAGGAUCUUAGAGAAUAUAAAGAGGUACAAAAUUAUCCUAGUAGAUUCUGCAUUAAAAAGACAAUGCUAGAUAAUGGCUAGAAAUUUAAAUGAAAUUAAGAAUAUUUUGUAACAAAUCAGGUUAUAUGACCCAAAGCAAACUUAUGUUUUCAGUAUAAUUAUUUUUAAAUUGUGAGUUCCACAAAUGCUAGAAGCUUUAUAUUUAAGUGCUUUUCUUGUUAAGAAAACCUAUCCUACACAGAAGUAAUAAUACAAGCUGUAUAUAAAAUGCUAAAUCAAGGGGAAGUAAAAAAAAAAAAAAUCCAUCCAUUCUUAGGAUAUUUUAUCUCUGUAUCACACCACUGUUUGCAUAUUUGAAGACAUUAAAGACAUUUUACUUUUUUCAUUUCAUAAACAUAGCUUAAAUUUUUAAACAAAUUUUAAUAAAAUUCAAUUUUAACAGAUUAAAUAACAAAUUUUAAUAAAUAUGAAAUAUUCCUAUGUUAAAAGGUAUAAAUAAAUGUUCAUCCUAGCUUCAAAAUGCAAUUCAAUUCAAUUAAACUAUUGUGUACCAUGUACAUACCAGGCACUGUGCUAUCUGCUGGGGGAUAAAAUGAUAGAACAGAACAAAAAAGUCCCUACCUUCAAAAAGCUUAUAUUCUCCUACUCAAAAUGCUUUUUCAUUUAAGGAAUUAUACUGUGAGAUCAAAGUGAUGAGCAGUUUCUCUCAAACUCUGUUUUUUGUUGUUGUUGCUUGUUUGUUUGUUUGAGGAUGAACCCAAUUCAUAUUUUAACCUAUGAAAAAUGAUCACCUUUAUCUGUAUGAUUUGUACGAAUAUAAUUUACCCCUGUCAGUGCCUUUCAAUUAGUAUUCUGGAGUCAUUCUUCUAAAUGAAAUGCUCCUCAUGCAUGCUGUAUGUGGUUAGCAAAAUAAGAUAAAUUGUUUGUUACUUUGAUUAAAAUAGAUUUGAGAGAAUUAUUUUUAAAUAAGAUUAUGUCUAUAGAAGCAUUCAACUUGCUGAAGUGAUCAUUAAAUUAACCUGGUAUGUUUCUAUCUGAAAAAAAUAAUUCCAUUUAAUAAAAAAUUUAAUCAGUUGUUGAGUGGCAUAUAAACCCAACUGUAGUUUCUACUUUUUGAUUUAGCCUCCUCCUCAGUCUUUUAGCCCAGGCAAUUUAAAAAAAAAUGUUCUAAAGGAUAUAAUUUUUUUUAAAAAACUACCAUGUAUUCAUUUUUACCACCAUGUAUUUUUAACUGGCAUUUAUUGCUAACUGGUAUUGUUUUGUUGCUAACUGGUAUUAUUUUCCUUUUUUCUACUUUCUUUUUUCCCUCAAUGCUAAUUAGGGAAGAUAAUUUUGUUCCAUAUGUAUUUAUAGUAUUAAAAUAAUUUCCAAUAUUGCUUGAGCCAGCAUAGAGGAAUGGACAAAAGGACUGCCUUGGAUUUGACAGGAUAUGAGUUCAAACAGUGCCUCUGAAAUCUAGAUAUGUUACUCUGGGCAAGUCACAACUUUCUAGUGGCCCUAGGCAAUUCUCUAAGAAUGUAACCGACUUGAAAAUUGCUGAUAAAAUUGAGCACAGAGAAUUUAUACUUCAUGAGUUAGGAAUUAUCUUCAUUGAGAUAAUCACAAUUUAAUUCACAAGUCAAAGAAAGAAAUAAAAAUCCAAAUAUUUGUUGUAUAUACCAGAGCACAAAAUGAAUAUACACACAUAUAACUAUAUACAUGUACACACACACACACACACAUAUAUGCACAGGACAAAAUGAAAGGGUUCCUCUUGAAUAUUAUAUCCAUUUUGAAUACAAAGAUAACCCAAUGUCCUAAAGAAAAUGAAACAACCUCCACAUUCAUUUUAUUAUCAUAAUAGCCUAAAUUAUAGAUUAUAGAUCUAGAUCUGGAAAAGACCUUAGAGGUCAUUUAGACUUCAUGUCCCCUAUCCCAUUUUGAAAGUGAAGACCCUGAGGACCAGCAAGUACCUUGCCUGAAGUCAUAAAAGAAUUAAGCAUCAGCAAUGGUAUUUGAACCCACUGCUCCUGAUUUCAGAGCCAGUAAGAACUCUUUCCAGUAUAUCUCACUGCCUUUUGUGUCUAAUACAUAUUAGAUUACUUUGAAAGAAGGCAGAGAUAUAUUUUAGUUUAUUGGUCUCACAAUAAAAGUUCAUGAAAACAAAAAAGAAAAUCUACUCAAGAGCAGCCCAGCCACUUCCUAGAUUACUCAAAAACUGUUAACUCACUUAAAUUUUUGAAUGGGUUUACUUAUACUUAAAUGGCAAAACUGAAAUAGAACUUUUUUAGCUAUUUGAUAUACAAUUUUCAGAAGUAUUCUCCUAUAACAAUGAUUCUCUUUGGUAAUCAAGAAAUUAAUAAUGGGAGCAAUACAAAUUGACCCUCCAGAAAAUCACUGUUCCUUUGGAAAAGCACUGAGCACAAAAUUGACUGUUAUUAUGAAAGGAUAUCCACAAAAUUCAUCACAUCUCUUAUGAGCCACCUUAGUACAUUUAUGCUCUCCAGAGGCUACUCUGUUGAUACCCUUGGACCUGGGCCAUGUUCACAUUUAUUUCAAAAUACAACAUAGCAUUUCCUCUACCUCCUUGUUACAUAUAGAAGAUCUAUCAUUCUAAAACUCAUCAUUUUUCACAGAAGAAUGACAAAUCAUUUGAAUAUAAUGUAUAUAUAUACAUAUGCUAUACAUAUGUAUGUAUACACAUAUAUAAUGUUCUUUAAACUUUCUUCAUAUAUAAUUUAAUUAGAUGCUAUUAAAGCAGAAAUUUUCAGUUAUACAUUUAAGAAAAAAAACAAAACAAAAUUCUUCUUAGAAAUGACACUUUCCUUCUCAUCUAAGCAAACGAUAUUCUAAAAUAAAUGAUUGGCCUACUCUAUUCAGAUUCCAUAUGCAGCAUAGCCAUACUUUUUUUACCCCAGUGACAUAGGGGAUGAAAAGCAUCUAGUGGAGGGACCUAUCUAUAGCAGUGCUAAGAGGGAAAUUCUACACUCAUUUCAAUUUACAGAGGCCUUUCAAGUACAGAUUUAUAGCACCUUAACAUCCAAUCCAUGAGUUAAAGCAUCAAGAUUUAACUUUUUAACUUUAAAUUUUUAAUCAUAAAAGUAUUAAUUAUAUAUUCUUUGUGCUAUUUGUUUUUUCUCUGUUCCCUUUCCUUACUUUAGUCUAUAAAACAUGAAAAGAAAAACAUUUUUGCCAGAUUUUUUUUUUCCCCUAGUACUGAGGAGGUAGAAAGCCAACAAAGAGAAAUGAAGAUAGAUAUAAAAUGAUACAGGUCUAUAGCCUACAUUUUGAAUUGAAGGAGAGUUCAUCAUUUAGUGAAUUUUUUUAAAUACUGACUUCUUCUGUGAAAUAAUUUAACACCAAUCCCAAAUUCCAAAUUGGUGAUAAUCUAUGUCAGGCAUUUAGAACUUGGAACAUCCAUUUACAUAGAAGUUAUUAUGUAAAUAUCAGUUAGAUCCUAAAGCUAGCCACAAGUCUAUUUAUUGCACAUAUCUGAUAAUUUAUCUGUCACAUUAUGGGAUAAACUGGCUCUCAGAGACUCAUAUGGGAACCUAAUCAUCCUCUCUAACCUCUUAGCUGUCAGAAAAGUCAUUCUACAACACAGGUUAAAAGGAAACAAUAAAAGCAUGACUAAAACUCUUUUGCUCCUACUUCUAGCUCCAUGCUGCCUUCCCCUUUAGUCUCUGAGAUACCUGGUCCCUCAGCAAUUGGUAAGAAAGUACCAUGAUGACUUAGAGAAUACAUCUUCUUUUCUGGUAGAAUGCACAUGUGGCACAAUCUGGUCUAGACAUUCUUAUGUGGGGGCUGUUCAUUAUUGCGGUAUAUCUGCAUAUUCUGAAUAUCCAUACGAGCACAAAGCACUGGGCUUUCCUAGAGGGUCACACAACUCUGCCUUUAGCAAUGUUAAAACCUAAAUUCUUGUGCAUGCUUUGAUGCUGACAGAUGCUGAAGGUUUGGGAACAAUUUCACAUGUUGGCAUUGAAUUAUAGUGAAAUUUUAGAUUCAUUUGGAAUUUGGUUUGUUUGACUUUAAGAAUAUAUAGCAUGUGCAAAAUAACUAAGCUAUUAAUUUCCUUUCAUCAUAUGAAGGUUAGUUUUUUUAAUCAGGGCAAUGAUGCUAUUCUCCUGAACAAUUUAUGGUCAAGAUAUCAUAAUUACAACAUUUCAUGAGUCCAAAUGAAUGUGGAUUUUAAUAGAUUUGGAAGGAGGUUUAAUUAAUCAGUACUUUAUAUUUUGCCUAAUUGUCAAUUCCUUUUGUUAUUUAAUAUCAAUCAAAAACACAUUAAUUUAAGCAAUUUAUGUGACAUAUCCACACAUUACCAUGUUAGAGAUUAAUUUCAUUCUCAUUGGAAGUCAAUCCAUUCUUAUCUCCCUCCCACCUCUAUAGAAUAGGUAUGGAAGUUUUGGACUCUUUAAAUAUUCAUUUACAAUAUGAAUUGAUAUUCAUAGCUUUAAAGAAGAGAAUAGUGGGCAAAAUGUCAUUUUCCAACUAUUGUAACCCACUGCUGUUGCUUAUGUAUAAGAAAAUAAUAGAGAUCUAUUCAGAAAUACAAUAAUUUGUUAUCACUGGGUAACUUCUAAUGAUAGAUUUGCAUAAAUAAUACGGGUCUAUUUUUAUGUAAAUAGAACACUGUAGAGUAUCUUCCAGUCUUUUUCAGGAUUGUUAAAUUGAGAAGAGCAUAUUUGUCCUAUUUUUAUGUUAAAAAGUGAAUGGACUGAAAUGUUAAAUGUGAAUGUACAUUUCUUAUUGCAACUUUUAUACUGAGUGUUUGCACUAUUAUAAUUUCUGGACUCUAACAAAAAUAAAGGAAAAUCUGCUUGAGUAAAAAACAA